ACAUGAUGAACCAAUCAGCCCUAUGGGAAUUCCUCCUCCCAGCUAGCGUCAGCUACAUCUGUGUCUGUCAGGGAGGACAGUAGUAUUAGCAGGGAUCAAGCAUCAUCUCUUUUCCUCUCUGCCACAGACACUGACUGAGAUCCAACUUCACUGAAAGGGAGUGAGCGUCACCAGCUAGUCCACAGCAGUUCAGGGGGAAAGUUCACCCCUCCUCUUUCUCUCCUCAUCAGAAACCUUCCUCUACUCCUCUAGAGCAUUGGUUAAUUCACAAAUAACAAAGUAAGGAUACCAUGCAACUUAAGGAUAAUUUUCUUCAUUGGACUGCUACGUUGACUGAUUUCUCUACAUUUUUUCUCUCCGAAGAGAUGUCCUCUCCUCUGUUGUCAAUGUCUGAGCGGUGACAACUAAAGCCUUCAAUUUCCUGACAUACAAUAUUACUCUACACUCUGGGAUCUAUAUAUCUGGACUUCUGUAGCAUGUUGGGAUACUGUCAGUUAGAUUUCUCAUCCGCUGUGACCUCAUCCUCAUGCUCUUUCCCAGGGUUGUGAUUACACUUUUCAGCCCUGAGAUUAACCUUGAGAGUUCAGAGCAAAACAAAGGGAUUAAAUAUUAACUGGGAGAAUCUAUCUUCACACAUCAAGCAGAUCCUGCUGUCACACUGAAGGCAACGGGGCUUGGCCGCUUGGAUAGUGAAAGUCAACUGAUAGCCUACUCAAGAUGGCAUACCCAACAGAUUACUCUCUGAUAGCCAUACCACUCAUACCACAAUAAGGGCAACGUUAGCGAAACAACAUGGAAGGUGGGGGAAUACAGAACUUAUCCAUAAAUGGCAAUGCAUCAGACAUCCACCCUGUCACACACAGUCUAUGGGAGGUCAUAACCAUAGCAACUGUGUCGGCCAUCGUGAGCCUGAUUACGAUAGUGGGGAACGUCCUGGUGAUGCUGUCGUUUAAGGUUAACAGCCAGCUGAAGACAGUCAACAACUACUACCUGCUGAGUUUGGCUGUAGCUGACCUCAUUAUAGGUGUGUUCUCUAUGAACCUCUACACCUCCUACAUACUGAUGGGAUACUGGGCACUGGGGAGUGUGGCUUGUGACCUCUGGUUGGCUUUGGACUACGUGGCCAGUAAUGCGUCAGUAAUGAACCUGCUGGUCAUCAGUUUUGACCGGUACUUCUCCAUCACCAGACCCCUGACCUACAGAGCCAAGCGCACCCCCAAACGGGCUGGGGUCAUGAUAGGAAUGGCCUGGCUGGUGUCCCUCAUCCUGUGGGCCCCUCCCAUACUGUGCUGGCAGUAUUUUGUGGGGAAAAGGACAGUCCCUGAGAGGCAGUGUCAGAUCCAGUUCUUCUCGGAGCCAGUGAUAACAUUUGGGACAGCCAUUGCCGCGUUUUACAUCCCAGUGUCAAUCAUGACCAUCCUAUACUGUCGGAUCUACAAGGAGACGGAACGUCGCACCAAGGACCUCGCUGAGCUCCAGGGCAUCAACAGUUCCACAGACGCUGGUACCACCAAGCCCCAGAAAACCAUCAUUAGAUCCUGCUUCAACUGCAAGCAGCUCAGCUCUGCCUCCCGGGACAGAACCCAGGCCUCCUGGUCCUCCUCCAACAGGAGCAAUGCAGCCAAAUCAGCAGCAGCCACAAACGAAGAGUGGUCCAAGAGUGACCAGCUGACCACCUUCAACAGCUAUGCCUCCUCGGAGGACGAGGAGCGGCCCGUAUCCCCGGGGGUCUUUCAGCCCACCUGCCGGAACCAGGAGUGUAGGCAGAGCACGGGUGCAGCAGGCUGUGAUAAAGAACAGCUCAGCAGUUAUGAGGAGAACAACUUCUUCCACACGCCACCAAAGACCAACUCCCAGAAGAGUAAGAAGUGUGUGUCCUACAAGUUUAAAGCAGUUCCCAAAGACACUACCAGCGGUGCCCAGCAAAGCAAGAACGGGGACACUAACAUGGCCCCAUCAUCUUUCUCUUCAGCCGACUCCAUGAGUGCCCCACCCUCCACCUCCUCCUCCAAGCCAAUAGACACCACUCUGAAGAUCCAGCUGACCAAGAGGAAGAGGAUGGUGCUGAUUAAAGAGAGGAAGGCUGCCCAGACUCUCAGUGCUAUCCUGCUGGCCUUUAUCCUGACGUGGACACCAUACAACAUCAUGGUGCUCAUCUCCACCUUCUGCUCUGACUGUAUCCCUGUGUCUCUCUGGCACCUGGGCUACUGGCUGUGCUAUGUCAACAGUACAGUCAACCCAAUGUGCUACGCCCUCUGUAACAAGACCUUCCAGAAGACCUUCCGCAUGCUGCUGCUUUGUCAGUGGAAGAAGAAGAGAGUGGAAGAGAAACUUUACUGGUACGGGCAAAACCCUGUAGUGAGCAGCAAGCUAACAUGAGCCAUUCACACCUUCCUUACAGAGGAACGAGUAUGAAGACUAUAUGACUAGAUAGAUGUGGAAAUAUUUCUGUCAGUAUUUGAGUUAUGUCUACAAGUAGGGUGUGUCAAAAGUACAAAGGUUAGAGACAAGACUCUAGUUUGUCAAUGGUAUUGUUCUUUAAUCAAUACCUUGAUCACUGCUUACAAGGAAUUCAAAAGUGUUUGAUAAUCUUGCCCCAAAUGCUGAUACUGUACACCAAUACAUAAUUGAAAAUGUAAAUAUAUAAAAUAAAAAAAACAUGCACAAAAAAGUUAGCGAUAUUUCCUAGAAACAUGUUCUGAAUGGUUUCUAGGUAUUAUGUUAGACUACAUUGUGUUUAUUUUAAGGGCUAUCACAGUUCUCGACUUGAUUUCAGAGUGAGCUGGAUAACAAACGAUUGUACACUCUGAUCAUCAAAGCCUUGUUCACAUGUACCAUUGACUUUUGUCAGAUACUAAUAAUCAAACAUUCAACAGCCAAUCUUUCCACCAAUACACAAGCACAAACACAUAUACAGUACAAAUGUAUUCAUCCCUCAAUCCAAAUGAAUCCAGACACCACAGAAACAGAGGGGAAAAGAUUUGAUUAAAGUAAAUGCUGAGUUUGCAACAUAAAAUUCUAUUAACGAUUAGUCUUACUCAACUCAGCAGCUUUAAUGUGCACAUAAACUGUGUAAAACACGUGAUUUCAUGCAAUAGUUUAUCGGACACUUCCACAUAAA